CACCAGGAUCAUUACCCUUGUUUCCUACACAUGAUGAAUAGCUCACGAGUUUUAUGAUACAUAUAAAAGAGCCUUGCCAUUGAAGCCAUUUCAAAAGACGUCCAAAAAACAAGUAGACGGACGUUGGGAGGCUUGAAGAGCAUGUUGAGCGUGCAUUAUGAGGUCACCAGCCGAAACAAAAUUGAGGUGGGAGGAGACAUUCAAGCAUGGGACCAGGAUAUCUGACCUCCAACGGGCCAUCAAAUUCAACGGUCCAGAGAGUCCAUGCGUAGCUGGUCUACGCUCUCUCUGUUGGAAGGGCUUCCUGCUAUUCCCGCACGCUCCCGCUGAAGAAUGGCCUCAACUUUUGCGCCAACUUCGAGACUCAUAUAAUAUCCUGUGCGAACAGCAUCUCAAAUUUAUCAGGCAUCCCGAACAACUAGCCGCCCUAUCCUUCGAUCCCCUUGCAGACAAUCCCGACUCUCCUUGGAUCACUGUGCGCAAAGAUGAAGCCAUCCGCGCCGAGAUCCAGCAAGAUGUCUCGCGGCUUCCCGAUGAUCCAUUCUAUCACCAGGAGGUCAUUCAGACCAUGAUUCUGGAUAUCCUGUUCCUCUACUGCAAACUCAACCCUUCCGCUGGCGGGUACCGUCAGGGAAUGCACGAGUUACUUGCGCCAAUUGUCUAUGUCAUUGCGCAGGACUCGGUGGACGGCAAGCAGUCUUCAACGGUUGAUACUCUCGAUCCUACGAUAGUGGAACUGUUGGACGCUUCUCAGAUCGAGCAUGACUCCUUUGCCUUGUUCUCCAAGGUUAUGGACCGUGCUGGCACUUUUUACGAGGUUGAGCAAAACACAAUCGUCGAAAAAAGCAAAUACAUCCAUGAAGUUGCCUUGCUCAAAAUUGAUGAGGAGCUUGCGAACCAUUUGCGAGACAUUGAAGUUCUGCCGCAAAUAUUCUUGAUACGAUGGAUACGCCUCCUUUUUGGAAGGGAGUUUCCCUUUGAACAAACCAUGAUAUUAUGGGAUGCCAUCUUUGCCUUUGAUCCCAACUUGGAGAUGAUAGAUCUCAUAUGCGUAGCUAUGCUUCUCAGGAUCAGAUGGACGCUCCUCGAAGCUGAUUACUCGGUGGCACUCCAGCUGCUUCUGAAAUAUCCAGCCCCUCCACCACCGCACGGCCCUCACACCUUUGUCGACGAUGCUUUAUAUUUGCAGAAACACUUUGAUGCCGCGGGCGGUGUCGCACUAAUCGCCAAAUACAGCGGUAGACUGCCUGCAGCAGCAUUAGUGGCAUCAACAGCAACCUCGACCCCUGCACGGUCAUCCACCCCAUCAUUUUCAGGCUUUGGUUCACUCCGACAAAGAACUCUCGGUGCCAGGUCACCGUUAUCUUCCACAACAAAACUCUUGCAGCAACCGGGUGGUGUGGAGGCUAUCCUGCGCGGUGCUGCCAAAAAUGUCAUUGAGAAAAGCGAAAAACUCGGACUUAACGAUGCUGUCCGUGAUGCUGUUGGGGAAAUACGUCGCAACAUGCAAGGCUUUCAAGAGUCUCGAAGUUCGCCCAGAAUCAACAGAUCACUGUUUCCUGGAAACACUCUGGCUGUUUCCAUUUGGGAGCAGAGGAAUCGUCAGUUAGCAACCAUGUUGGAAGAGUCAAUCACGAACCUCAAACAGCUGGUGGCCUCUGACUUUGAGGGCGACAAGCAGAAACAGCUCGAGACAGUGGAACUUGCCACGGCCAAGAUCCAGUACGUGAAGGCCUGCUUGGAGGAUUCCACGCUGGAUUUGCCAGAGGAAGAACCUCCGACGCUGGCAACAUUGAGCAUUUCUACCCUCCCCGAAAUCAGAUCGCCGACGGUUGCGUUAGAUACCACACCGGUGGUUAUGACAUCAUCCGCCGUUGAAGAAGCCAGAAGUUCACUCUCGUCGCCGGCUUCAUCGGAUAGAACCAAGCAGCUGUCGUCGGUGCCGGAGGAGCCACAUGCUGAACCUGUUGCGGAGGAAAUGGUUGACAAGAUGGACACUGAUCCACCAGAAAGAAAACAAACACCACCGCCACCAGCCCCAGCCCCCGUCCCCAACCCAGAACCGUCGACUUCUGUUGGACAGACCCCUGCAACUAGCCCGACCCCUAAGGAGCGCCCGAAAGGACCGAUACCUACACGGUCAACCUUGGCUCAGUCCUCUUUUGCGUGGAUGUUGGAGCCAGACACUACAAUAUCAGCUGCUCGGCCGCCGCCGAGUAGGCCUCUGAGCGGCAGUGGAAAGAAGAAGCACAACCCCAGCCGGGAAAAGAACGCGUUCUUGUUUGGAGAAGUGGUUCCGAGUGAUGGAGCGGCAGGGGAAAGGACAGUAUCACCAGACGAGAUCUUUGGACUGCAGCCGAUCAGGAAGGGCUGAGUUUGAUAAUGUCGGCUCAACUUCUCUUAUAGACUGGUGUACCUAGCAGUUUUUAUAUCUCGACAAGACCCAGCAAAAUUCUCGCCGACAUGGGGAUCCCCUCUCUGUGGCCUUUCAUCCUUUUUAGUUCUCGUCCUUCUCUUUUUACCAUGCCGUCCAGGGCAGCGCAGGGAGAGCAGGGAGAGCAUUGAGAGCAGCGAGAGCAGCGAGAGCAGUGAUGGCACUACUACACGACCACAGCUCCCCACGAGGAUAUACAAAUGGCGUGUUCUCCUUUACCACAGCAAGAACUUGGGGGUCCGCGGCAGGAUCUUGCGGGGAAAAGGAUCCCUGGCUCACCGUCCAGAAGAAGAAGACCUUUCUCGGCCACUGCGGGAUGGAUGGGUUGGGCGCCAGUGUCGUUCGGAAGUCGCAGAUAUCCGAAAGCGUGAUACCGCUGUCCGGGUGGGGGACGACUCGGCGGUUUUCCCAGAUGUACCGACCGGCGUAUUUGGUCGGGAGGGUGGUGGUGAUGUGUGUUGAUUCUGAGCAUGGGCACGGCCAGGUGGUGUCUUCGCUGGAGAAGCAGUAUUCGAUGGGGGAUUUUUGGUGGGCGGCGCCGGGGCUGGUCGUGAGGAUUUCGUUUCGGAAGGGGGAGUGUGUUGCCAGCUUCAAGCGAGAUGACGUGGGCGGGGAAUUCAGAUCCUCCUGAUAAGCAG